ACCCCCUCCAUGCGCAUACCAGAGACAGGGAAAAACGGAUUCUUGAGUGAAUCAAAGACAUUUAGCACGACUGGAUUUCGGGUCAGUCGCUUCCGAUCCGUCUGACGAACAGAUGAGUUUUGACAACAUUUCUCUCGCUUCGCUUUUGCUGUAAACUUUGGGACAGGGGUGCGCUCAAGGGGGAUGGAGCGCGCAGUCCCGGGAUCAUGUUACAGUCCCAGACUUUUCAAGCAAGGCAAGAUUUUUUUCUCUCCAUCAGAAAAGUGGGGGAUGGUGAAGGCACUCUUGACUUUCUUCUAACUUUUUAGAGUAGAAAAACGCAAAGGUAAAUAGUGCGUUUUAAACAACUGCUGCGCAGGUUUUGUGCGAUGAAUGGCUUUCCGACAUCAUGCGGGAAAGAGAGAAAGCCUAGGAAACUUUGGGACAGGACGCUAAGGAAUUUCUUUGAACGAAAAGGAAAGGUUCGAUGAAUAAUCUAGGAAUUAUCCGCGCUUUGGCGACUUGUUGUUAGUUUGAAAUCCUUCAGCGCCUUACGCGCUUUACGCACAAUUGGAAAAAGUUUUUGGGAAACAUUUGAUGAAACGUUGUUACAUUGUUGCGCCUCCAAGAUGUCCUCCAAUCGCCUAUGUCCCAUUGUUGGAGGCUUUUGGAUGCUUUGGAUCUGGGCAGUCAGCUUCUUUACGGCACGGGCUGUUAUCUUAGACACAAAUGAAUCGAUAUUCAACGACUACUGUGAGAAAACGACAACUUGCGAAGUGCUAAAAUACAAUACAUGUCUGGGUUCACCUUUGCCUUAUACGCACACGUCUCUGGUUCUGGCUGAGGACUCAGAAACUCAAGAGGAAGCCUUUGAGAAAUUGGCCAUGUGGUCUGGCCUGAGAAACGCUCCUCGCUGUUGGGCUGUGAUUCAGCCUUUGCUGUGUGCCGUGUACAUGCCGAAGUGCGAGAACGGAAAGGUCGAACUGCCCAGCCAACACCUGUGCCAAGCUACACGCACACCGUGCAGUAUUGUUGAGCAGGAACGAGGCUGGCCUAACUUUCUCAAGUGUGAAUUCAAGGACAAAUUUCCUAAGGGUUGCCAGAAUGAGGUUAAUAAGAUCAAGUUCAAUACAUCCGGACAGUGUGAGGCUCCUUUGGUCAAAACUGAUAUCCAAGCAAGCUGGUACAAGGAUGUGGAAGGCUGUGGGAUCCAGUGUAACAAUCCCCUGUUCACAGAGGGGGAGCACUCUGACAUGCACAGCUACAUCGCUAUAUUUGGCUCCAUCACCCUCUUAUGCACCUUCUUUACUCUGGCCACAUUUCUUGCCGACUGGAAGAAUUCCAACCGCUACCCUGCUGUCAUCCUCUUUUACGUCAAUGCUUGUUUUUUCAUCGGAAGUAUUGGAUGGCUCGCUCAGUUUAUGGAUGGAGCUCGCAAAGAGAUUGUGUGCAAAAGUGACAACACCAUGCGGCUUGGAGAGCCAUCGUCCACCGAGACGCUAUCAUGUGUGAUCAUAUUCGUCAUUGUGUAUUAUUCUCUUAUGUCUGGGGUCAUUUGGUUUGUUAUGCUCACCUAUGCCUGGCACACAUCAUUCAAAGCCCUGGGUACCACCCAUCAGCCCUUGUUUGGAAAAACGUCCUAUUUCCACCUCAUCACAUGGUCCAUUCCCUUCAUACUGACUGUAGCCAUACUGGCCAUUGCAGAGGUGGAUGGAGAUUCGGUUAGUGGCAUUUGCUUUGUCGGCUAUAAGAACUAUAGAUACCGUGCUGGGUUUGUUUUGGCUCCCAUCGGAGUGGUCCUCGUUGUUGGCGGCUAUUUCCUAAUACGUGGGGUUAUGACGUUGUUCUCUAUUAAGAGUAACCAUCCUGGGCUACUGAGUGAAAAAGCUGCUAGUAAAAUCAACGAGACCAUGCUGAGGCUUGGUAUAUUUGGAUUCUUGGCCUUCGGUUUUGUUUUAAUCACGUUUGGCUGCCAUUUCUACGACUUUUUCAAUCAGGCUGAGUGGGAAAAAAGCUUCAGGGAAUAUGUCCUGUGUGAAGCUAAUGUCACUAUAGCUCACCAGACCAAAAAGCCGAUCCCAGAGUGUGCCAUCAAGAACAGGCCCAGUCUGCUUGUAGAAAAGAUCAACCUCUUCUCCAUGUUCGGCACAGGCAUCGUCAUGAGCACAUGGGUUUGGACCAAAGCGACCAUCCUUAUCUGGAAACGCACAUGGUGCAGAAUCAUUGGACGAAGUGAUGACGAGCCCAAACGCAUCAAGAAGAGUAAGAUGAUUGCCAAGGCGUUCUCGAAGCGGAAAGAGCUGCAGAAGGAUCCAGAGAAAGAGCUGUCCUUUAGCAUUCACACUGUCUCUCAUGAGGGACCUGUGGCCGGAAUCAACUUUGACCUCAAUGAGCCGUCGAUCGAAAUGUCUUCUGCAUGGGCCCAACAUGUAACAAAGAUGGUGGCUAGAAGAGGUGCAAUCUUACCGCAGGACAUCUCAGUGACGCCCACCGGAACCCCUGUUCCACCCCCAGAUGAGAGAAACAAGCUGUGGAUGGUCGAAGCUGAAAUAUCUCCCGAAAUGAUUAAAAGAAAGAAGAAAAAGAAAAAGCGUAGAAAGGAAAUGCAGCCAACAGAUACCGUAGCGAACGAAAGAAAUCCCAACUCCCAUAGACGGGAGUUUGGCUCCAGCGCUGUGCCGCGUCUUCCGAAGCUGCCAGGUCACCGGAGUCUGGUGGCUAACCUGUGGGAGCAGCAGCAGAGACAACAGCAAGAAGAGCAAGAUGUGCUUCCAGGGGCCUUCCCUGAAUUCCGUGCUUCAUGUCCUCUUCCGUACCAGGAGAGGUACGGUGGACUGGGAUACCAUCCCUCCAACCUGUGCAACAAACCCUCCAGCCUUCCCAUUGCCAAUCCCCUGACCCUUAGGAACGGCAUGCAGGAUGACUCGGGUCGCUUUCAGCAGUCGUCGUGGCAACCUAAAGGGGUUUUCCGUCACCAUGGGCAUGAGCCUUCUGUAAUGGAUGCUGGCAGGACUAAUGUUGUGCCACGAGGAGAUGGCAGGAGGGGUAUUCCAAUACACUCCAGAACCAAUCUUAUAGAGGCCGAGCUAAUGGAUGCAGACUCAGAUUUUUAAAGUACUUGGAGUUGGCGCUCAUUUUUGCUCACAGACAAAAACAUAGAGCAGAUGAUAGGUUAUAUCUAUGCUGGAUCCCCUAGAGAUGUCAUGCAGCCCAAUGAUUUGGUCUGAAGUGAGAUGAUUAAAAUGCAGACAUUUAUACAUUGAGCACAUUGAUAUGUGUUUCGACGCUGUUCCAGAGUGCCAUUAGGAGUAUUAUGACAUCAUUAACAGGUAUGUCAUGGUGCUUCAUGAAAGAAUGCCACACAAUUCCUAAUCUUGGUUUAAAGGGAAAGUGUGUGAAUUCUGCGGGCAAUCUCCAGUCAUUGGUUGAGCCAUCAUUGCUGUUUGGUGCUUCGUGUGGAGAAGAACACAAAGGUGAUGCAUCCUAUGCUGACCUGACAGACCCAGAGCCGUUGAAAACAGAGUGGCGACACACUUUGAUCUCGCCGCUGCGUCGUCACGUGGUUCAUGGAGCACUCAAUAGUUCAAAACAUCUGUGCUCUCAACCUUCUAGAAUGGGUUUAAGCGGCAUGAAAAUAUGCAUGAAUUUAACCUAAUAUAUUAGCACAUUGUGUACACUGAAUACUACGUUGACUUGGGGGGUGCGAUAUUGGCAAAAAAAGUGUUUCUAGAUAUUUUCUAGGAUUUUAUGAUAACGAUAAGCAGGCGAUAUUUUGCAUCCUAUAUAGUCUUAUUUUGUACUUGCUCCCUCUUACAGGUUACCAGGACAAUUAUUGUUGAUAUUAUUAAUAGAGAACGGGAAAGAUUUUCUCAUCAAAUCCUGUCAUCAUUCACUCAUUAUCAUGUCAACCUUUGACUAUAACUUGUGCAUGAUUUAAAAGUAACAUAUGUUUAAGAACAAUGUUAACACUGAACCCAAUUGACAUCCAUUGUAAGGACACAAAACCAUUGAGACAUUUCUCAAAAUAUCUUCUUUUGUGUUUCAUAGAACACAUGUUUCCAGCAAUAUAAGGUUAAUAAACGACGUAAGAAUAAAUUUUAUUUGAAUGAUGAUGAUAUUUUGAGUAAACUAUCUCUUUAAGGAAACUGUCUUUAAAUGGAAUCAUUCAAGUAGCAACACAACACAUCACGGGUGUUCGGUGAACUGUGCAGCAUACAAGCAAGAGGCACAAUGUAUGGAAAAGUAGCCCACCAAAAGCAAUCUUAUGUGGGAUGCUUAUGUUUUGGAUUAAGUUGAGAUGCUCUUUGCAAUUGACCAAAUUGCUAAGCGGACUGUGAAUGUGCACACGCAGCGUGUGACUACAGUAUCUGUGAACACUGUGCUGUUUUUAGUGAAGCUUAAUAAAUGUGUGACGUACUGGAUAAUAUGAUUAUUAAAACAAGAUGUAAAACAAGAAGACACGAGUUACUUCUGCAUUCCAUUCUUCCAACGGACGUCAAUGCGAGUGUCGUAACUCUGUUUUACAACGGCUCUGGACGGACCAUGACUUUUUCUCAAACGUAUUGCAGAUGGACGAACCACCCACCUAAACAAAACAGAAACUGUUCAUGACCGUUUUAAAUGUUGCCACAGUUUUCUAGAGCUGAAGUAAGGGAACUGACAAAUUUCAUUAGGGAUAAAAGAGUUUAUUCAAAGCUAUUAUUUUUACUUAAAAGAAAUUGCCUGGUGCAAUACAAACUAGUCCGCCUUUCCUUCUUUCAUUCAAAGAAGACAAUAUAAAGGGCAUUGUUUUUUUCAUAAAAAAUAUAUGAGUUGAUUGUAUGGUAGCUGAAAAUGUCAAUGGUUACGUCAGAUUCCAUUUACAUUUAUUACUGUACAUCGAUAUUAAAAAUAUUAUUUUUGUACUUUGUUUUUUCCACCUGUUUUAUGUUAUUUCAUAUUGUACAUAUUUUACAUAACAUAUAUUUGUUUUUCACAACCAAUGGGCUGAUUUUGACAAGUUUCACAUUCAGAUUUUUUGUGCAUUUGAGUGUAGGUGUUAAGCUCAUUAACACUUUUAUCAUUUAUGCCGUCUUAGUUUUGGUAAGCUUUUUGUUAAUAUAAGUGGCAGUAUUGACAAAAAAUGCAGCGGUGCAGCGUGUUAUUGACUAAUUGAAGUUUAAAGAAAGUGUUUGUGCUGUUUGACUGUUGAUGUUUUCCCUCAUUGCUGAUGCUUUUGUUUCCUCAUAAAAAUAUGUCUGUACGUGUGUGUGUGUGUGUGCGCGUGUGUGUGUGUGUGUGUGUGUGUGAGAGAGAGAGUCUCAUUCCAAUGUAAAUAUUGUAGUUUUGACACACCUUUAAUUAAAAAUUGUAUUAAAACUGAGUAAAAAGAUAAAACAUUGCAGAGUUAUUUCCAUGCAGUUUCCAAAAGGCUUUGCCACCUAAAAAGGAAUGAAUUUAAUUUCAUGUCACCAAGAGUAUAUAUUUUUAUGUGUAGAGAAACAUGGUACAUCUGUGCUCCAUGCUGCUUAAGAUGAUGCCGGUUUUCACAAAUGUAUUCAGAUCUAAAUGUAAAAAGCCGAGUCUUGGCCCUUAAAUCAAUUCAUAGCUGUCAUGGUUUUGAAAGAGUGUCAUAUUUUGUACUUAGUUUAUACAAUAAACACAU